AUGAACUUAUUCCCCGGCGAUAACUAUCAAUCGCAGGCCGCUGAUGAAUAUGACACACCUCAAAGAGAUAUUGAUCCAGAAGGACACGUUAAUCGUAAGUUAUUCUGCAAGCUAUUCACAAAAUCCUGUGCCAAACUCAAGUUUCGUCCAUUUCAAGUCUUUUAUGCUCAUUUUUUACAGAUCUUUUUUUUUUUUUACGGUGAGCUAUUGAUCAUGUGAAUUAAAUCAGUUGAAACGAAUUAGAUCAGCUUGACGUGGCUGUCAUUCUAGAUCAUCAAAAGCAAAUACUGAAAGUUUUUUUCAGAGCGGUGGUUGAGCCUUUUGGAAAGCGAAGCUCGUUUUUUAAAUGGACCUGGAGAGUACAUCGAUGAAGGUUCAUUUCUGAAUAAUGUGAGAAGUCAAAAAAACGUUUAGAAAUACCAUGGAGGCUGUUGGAGCAAUCGGAAAGUGUUAAUUCGGAAAUUUCGGCUGAAAGUGAAGAAAUCGAAUUUCGUGAGUUAUUUUUCAGCUAAUCUUGCCCUUUUGGAAUUCUAAUAGAAAGUUUUUCAUCCCUCCACUGGAUUCUGGAAUACGCUUUCAACCAAAAAAGUUCAUAUAGAAAGUUCUUAACUUAAGGUAUAUUUGGUCAAACCUAUCCUAUGAAUCGGGCACAUUGAGCAACUGGAUACUUUUGCCUUCAACUUCAGCCAAGCUAUAACUCGGAAUUGAUAUCAAUUUAUAUCAUUUUCCUCAAUUUGAACUCCUUUCCCUCAGAUCCAUUUCGAGGCGAUAUUCACAUUGUCUCAAGGUCAUUGUUAUGACAAUUUUUUCUUUGAAACUCACUUUCAAGCUUCAAUUCAGCCGUCACCUCCUAUGAAACAUUUACUAUUGAACGACUUCUUCGUAUUUGUUCCUCGAACGCUCAAGCGUCAAGUUUUACUCAGGUUAAUCUUGAGAAGGUGUUGGAAAGGUAACCAACAGGACGUUGGAAGGCGAAUGGAAGCUAGAAGUUAUUAAGAAGGUUUUGGGAAGGUGUUCAGAAGGUAGUUGGAAGGUCUUUGGAAGGUAAAAAAUUAAAAAUGUCUGCCAGAAAACUUCCAAACGCCAUUUGAGGAACAAAAAGAAGAAGCUUGUCAACUUUCCCCUGAGUACAACGUGAUAUUUCGGUUUUUAGAACCAAUUGAACUUGUCAGGGUUCAAACGAAUUUGUCAAUUAAUUAUUAUGAUUGAGGAAGACAACUUUUUUCAGCCACAAUGUAUGAUGCAACAACUUAUGAACAAUUGUUUUGGUUCCACUCCAGUUUUCUGCGGCGAAGUUGGUUCAAUCGUGUUUCGCGAAGAGCAGAAUGUCCAUUUUGUAAGUUCAUUUUGAGUUCUUCUGAAGUUGUAAUGCAUUUUGUUCAAAUGCAAUAUUCCUGAAAAAACACGGUUUUUUCUCUCUCAUUUUUUCGUUACCUUUAGAGAUUCAAGCGCUCCUUCACGGUUUGUUUUCUGGAACGUAACGAAUUCUAUCAAUUUGGUGGAUAACUAAUAUUGCAGGUAAUUGGAUGGACCUCUUCUCCGAAUCGGAGCACGUCGACAGAGAAUAUUUGUACGGUGAGAGGAUCCUCUUUUCCGAAGACGGCUCAGUUCCUUGUGAAUGUCCUCGUGAGGAGGAUCGCGUUGGCUCUUAACUCUUUCUCACUAAAUUUCCAUCUUCUCUCACUAAAUUUCUAUUUUUUCAUAUAAGUUUCCACGCUCAAAGUUCGGGAUGUAGUGUUUCUGUCAUGACGCUGAGUGUUUAUGGGCCAGUUGCUUGAACUUCAGAAAUGGACAAAAACUUUUGUAAAGCUGUCAACAGAAGGGCUUUGUUUUUUGUUAAAUUGCCAAUGAAAGAUUUGAAUUUUUGAAAAUUUUAGCACCUAACUCGUGCUUUCAUCAUUACUGUAUCAAAAAAGUGCAAGACUCGAAUGUUUUGUUUUUCGGCGGCUCUUUGCAAGCGACGCGGGGUGAAGCGAGGCUUUACACAGAUGAAGGCAAGAGAGUCCGCGGCCGGCGGAUGGAGCAGCGCCGGCCUCCGGGCGGAUUCCGACAAAUUUUGAGAGAACCCGCAGCAAGACGAGAGCCUCCAGAGUUCCCACUCAGCGCCACCAAACGGACGCACCACAUCCCCCCUGCUUUUAUCUGUAUUUCCAACGAUUUCCCUGUUCUUGCUUGUUUUCCUGUGUUCUUCUCAAUCAAUUUAUUGGCCCUUACUCCCACUUUCACUGUAAUCUGCGGCUGCUCGAGCCACCUUCUUUUGAGGAACACACUUGUUGCCUGA